AUGUCCGAGCCUAUUCGCAACAAGAAGCUCGACAACAUCACGGCUCCUACGCCGCAGAACACGCCCGCAAAUGCCGCUCCCAUAUCAUCGCGUGCACAGCAGCCCGGUGUGACCAGCAUCAAGGAGGCAAAUCCCGCCCUGGUUUCCAUGAUGCAGGCCAAACUAGGAAGCCUGGUUGGCCGCUCGAGCGGAUACAUCGAAUCGCUGCCCGCCUCCGUCCGCCGUCGCGUUGCCGGCCUGAAGGGUAUCCAGAAGGAGCACUCCAAGCUCGAAGCCGAGUUCCAGGAAGAGGUUCUGCAGCUGGAGAAGAAGUACUUCGCCAAGUUCUCUCCCCUCUAUGAGACGCGUGCCAAGAUUGUCAACGGAGCUACCGAGCCCACCGAAGAGCAGGUCAAGGUGGGUGAGCAGAAGGAUGAAGAGGAGGAGGAGGAGGAGCAGAGCGCCGAGCAGGAAGUCAACAAGGACGAGGGCGCCGAUAUCAAGGGCAUUCCCGAGUUCUGGUUGAGCGCCAUGAAGAACCACCCCUCUGUUGCCGAGAUGAUCACCGACCGAGACGAGGGCGCCCUGAAGCACCUGACCGAUAUCCGCAUGGAGUAUCUCGACAGACCUGGAUUCCGCCUCAUCUUCGAGUUUGAGGAGAACGAGUACUUUGAGAACAAGACUCUGAGCAAGACGUACUACUACCAGGAGGAGAACGGCUACGGCGGCGACUUCAUCUAUGACCACGCCGAGGGUGAGAAGAUCAACUGGAAGCCCAGCAAGGACCUGACCGUCAAGAUCGAGAGCAAGAAGCAGCGCAACAAGACCACCAAGCAGACCCGUGUCGUCAAAAAGACGGUCCCUGUUGAGUCCUUCUUCAACUUCUUCGACCCGCCCAAGCCCCCCACGGAGGACGACGAGGAUGCUGAUCCCGAGAUUGAGGAUCGCCUUGAGCUCGACUACCAGCUCGGUGAGGACAUCAAGGAGAAGAUCAUCCCCCGAGCCAUCGAUUGGUUCACCGGCGAGGCUCUUCAGUUUGAGAAUAUUGACGACUUUGAGGAGGGCGAUUUCGAGGACGAGGACGAUGAGGAGGAGGAGGACGAACUCAGCGAUGAUCGCGACGAUGACGAGGAUGACUCAGACGAAGACAACGACGGUUCCAAGCCGAAGCAGGAGACUGCGGAGUGCAAGCAGAGCUGA